CCUGGAAACCCCUGGGGAGCCGAGCCGAAAGGAACCCUCUUCCUCCCCAGGAAACGGCAGCCCGGCGUGUGCCGGAGGGCCUGGGAGCGGGUGGCCGCGCUGCUGCGGCGCCCUGGGCUCGGCCUCCAGCAGUGAUUUUUAACCAUGUCUCCUGUGAGCCUGGAGCGCCGAGGGAGCCGCUGUGAGCCCAGGGCACCGUCUCCCCUCCAAGCCAGCUGCUCAGGGGAGAGGAGGGGGAGGCAGCCAGACAGCCAGACAGAGCCCAAUUAAACCCUCCCCUGGCCAGCCCCUGACACUCCCUCUUGCAUUUUCCAGUCUGUGGUUAGAGCACUCAAAGGGUUCCAUUAAGUCAUCAAGUUUUACAGGUUCCUUAAAAAAAAAAAAAAAAAAGAGGGGGAGAGAGAGAGUGAGAGAGAAAAGUUUGGUCAUGGUAGGGAAUGAGUGAUCAAAGCUGAGCCAAAGCUUCCUGUUACACCGGGACUAUAUAUAUAUCGUGUCUUUAAUGUUGGGGGAUGUAAGCAGGCUGCUAGGAGGCUGGAGCAGGAGCUGACUCUCUGCCUGAUUUCCCAGCUCGCUGAGGUUUCUUCCACCGACCACAAUGAACAAGUUCCUGUGCUGCACGCUUGUGCUCUUGGACAUCUCUGUUAAGUGGACUGUCCAGGACAACUCUCCCCCCAAGUAUCCCCAUUACGACCCAGGGACAUCUCGUCAGCUGCUGUGUGACCAGUGCCCCCCUGGGAGCUAUGUAAAGCAGCACUGCACAGCCACCAGCCCGACGCAGUGUGCCCCGUGCCCGGAUCAGUACUACGCCGAAGAAUGGAACAGCAACGAUGAAUGCCAGUACUGCAGCGCCGUUUGCAAAGAGCUGCAGUACGUCAAGCAGGAGUGCAGCAGCACGCAGAACCGCGUCUGCGAGUGUGUCGAAGGCAGAUACUUGGAGCUUGAGUUUUGUUUAAAGCACACGGAGUGUCCUCCUGGAUUUGGUGUUGCACAGGCAGGCACGCCUGAGAGUGACACUGUAUGUAAGAGAUGUCCAGAAGAUUAUUUCUCGAAUGAAACAUCAUCCAAAGCAGCCUGUCUAAAGCACACAAACUGUAGUGCACUGGGUUUCAAAAUAGCAUUGAAGGGAAAUGCAUUUCAUGACAACGUCUGUCAGGAAAAUACAGAUACGGCACCUCAAAAAUGUGGAAUAGAUGUAACCCUGUGUGAGGAGGCUUUUUUCAGGUUUGCUGUUCCUAGUCAUCUCACACCUAACUGGCUGAAUAUACUAGCAGACAGUUUGCCUGGGACAAAGGUUAGCACAGAAAAUAUCGAAAGGAUUAAACAAAGGCACAGUUCUCAAGAGCAGACCUUCCAGCUUUUGAAAUUAUGGAAGCAGCAAAACAAAGAACAGGAUAUGGUCAAGAAGAUUAUUCAAGAUAUCGACCUUUGCGAAAAUAGUGUCUUAAAGCAUAUUGGCCACCCGAACCUUACCUUUGAACACCUCAACACUCUGAUGGCAAGCUUACCAGGCAAGAAAGUGGGAAAAGAAGAUAUCGAGCGCACAAUGAAACUAUGUCAACCUACAGAGCAAGUUCUGAAGCUUCUCAAUCUGUGGAGAAUAAAGAAUGGUGACCAAGACACCAUUAAAGGUUUAAUGUAUGGACUGAAGCACUUGAAAACAUACCACUUCCCGAAACGAACCAUCCAAAGUCUGAAGAAGGUGAUAAAGUUUCUUCACAGAUUUACAAUGUAUAGAUUAUACCAGAAACUCUUUUUAGAAAUGAUAGGGAACCAAAUUAAAUCAGUGAAAGUAAGAUGUGUCUAAUUCAAGGUAUUUUUCAUUCUCCACUGACUAUUUUUCCCUAAUUACUGCCAGCAGUAAUUAAACUGGAACGUUGUUUCCCAACAUUAUGUCUUACUAUUUAUAGAAAUGCCUGACUGGAAUAGGUCUACGUCUUUUGCAGUGUUUUUGGAGUUUUUUUUUUCAUAAAAUCACUUUUGUAAAAGCUAUUAACCUGUUGAUAACACUAAGAGCCUGAUUCUGCAUUUUUGCACAUUCAGAGUUGAAAAGCCCCACUAUAGUCACUAGGUGAAAAAAGAAUGCCAGACCAGGCUCUGCUACAGUAUUUGCUAUUUAUAUUCUUCAAGGAGUAAACAUUUUUGUUGUACAUAUUUAUUAAGUUAAAUGGAAAUUGUAUGAGACUGAAUUUUAGGAAGAGAAAUUAAAACACACUGUAUAUUUUCUAGUUAAACAAAAAUGAUCCCAUAUAUUUUUCUGGCAAAAUUUUGUAGCAUGCUCUAAGAGUUAUUAAUUUCUUUACAUUUUGUAUUUAAAAAGGUAUUAUUGCUUAGUUUUAUUUGUAUAAGUUGUGGUAUCUUUUGGUAGGGAUGUUUUAAUUUAUCCAAUUGUAUUAACUCAAAUACAGUGAAAAUAUAGCAUAAGUGACCUGAAUAUUUAAAUAUUCUGUGAGGAAGUGAAUGUACCAUAUUUAAGAAGCUGGAUUUUUAUAUAGAAUUUCAUAAUCUUAUUUUAUAAAACAAUUAAAUUUUUCAGUUUACUUUU